UCCCAGCGAGCAAGAUGGCGGAGGAGCAAGAAUCUGUGUUGCAGCUACUUCCCUCAAGUGCCGCUGGCGGCGAAGGACUUACGGACGUCUCCCCAGAAACAGCCACUCCGGAACCCCCUUCUUCCGCUGCAGUCUCCCCGGGGACAGAGGAACCUGCUGGAGACACCAAGAAAAAAAUUGACAUUCUGCUAAAGGCUGUUGGAGACACCCCUAUUAUGAAAACAAAGAAGUGGGCUGUGGAGCGAACCCGAACCAUCCAAGGACUCAUUGACUUCAUCAAAAAAUUCCUUAAACUUGUGGCCUCAGAACAGUUGUGUUUUGGCAGUGAUGGUAAACUGGUCCUACAUUACUGCAAAUCUCAGGCAUGGGGAUGAACCACAGAGAAAAACAACUUGCUACUUAAAAUGAAUUUUCACGGAGGACACAGCUCUGAAAAGUGGAUGCUUGUGGCAAGAGACUUAACAGAUAUUAUAUAUUCAGCGUGUGUCUACUGUGACCCAUAUUUAUACAUAAGAAAACAUCAUAGUGUGAAUGGACUCACAAAAAUGUGAUUUGUAUCAAUACACAAAUCUUCGUAAAAGAUUGACAUUAGAAUAUACCCAUUGCUCCUACCCUUUGCUACUAUGAUUGCUGCAGAUCUGCCUCCGAGGUUGAAUAGGAGACUAAGACUGUAAACUUUUUCAUUACCAGUUCUCAAAAUUGCUGAAAUUGUUGUAUAAUUAGCACUCCACUUAUUUUUUUCCCAAUGGUAAAAUUUAAUUUGCCAAAGAGUUCUUAUUCUUUUUUUUUUUUAACAUAUUCAGGGAACUUCAGUCUGUUUGGGAUGUGGGAAAUUUACAUUUAUAUCUACUGUGUUACCUAGUAAAAUUGCAUUGACCUGCUGGCUGAAUACCUUAAAUAGUCCAGUAGAGGGCAGCCCAGCUCGCAGAAAGGUUGCAGCAGUUUGGUUUUACAUCUUUGCCAGGUGGUAAUAGGGGAAAAGGCUUUUCUUGCUGAUUUCUAGCUAAUAUCUAGCCAGGAGAGCAAGCAUGUUGGACAAACUGAAAGACUGUUUUAGAGAGUAUGCAUAGUUUAAAUUUAACUAUUUUAUUGGUAAACAGUUUUAUAAAUUCUGGACAAAUGAGUCAUACAUCUCUUUUCAGUUGUAUAAUUUAAUGAUUCUUGAGUCCCGGUCAUGUAACUGUGGUAUAGCUCUGUCAUUUAUAUAGUGUCAAAAGCACUCAUUGAGUAAACCUGGCAACAUCUUUGUUUCACAAUGCAUUUUCCAACUUGAAAGCACUAGGUAAUUAAAAAACAGCCAUAGAUUUUAUGAAUACUUCAUGCCAUGACCAAAAGAAUACAAUUUUUAGUGAUGCUAUUAGACUGGUAAGUGCUUAAAGGGAGAUUUAACUUUUUUUUCUUCAUUCUUUAUUAUAUUCGUAAUGCCAUAUUUUUUAAAAAGUAUUCCAAUAAAUUGAAUGGAAUGUCCAAACAGGAUCUAAGAUAUGUACCAGAAUUCCAAAUGUUUAUUUUCAAAGGUAAUGUUGGGAAUGAUAUGAUUGUAUUGCAGGACUUCAGCUACACUUAAUGUCCCUUAAAUCCCAGAAUGCACUUUACAGCUAGUGAUCUGCCAUAUGUUAGCGUUAGAGGAUGCUAUGUAACAGUUAACUUUGCAGUGAUAAAAUCACUGUUCAGUUCUCAUUUUCUGCCCAAUCGUGAAUUUUUGAGUCCCCUAUGCCAGUGUCCCUGUGUAAUAAAUUAAUAUAGCUAAUAGCGCUAGAAUAAUACAAGUUGAGUUGUGUAAAAUUAUAAGGUUAGGGAAGAAAUUUGUAUCUAUAUUGAAAGCUGGAAAGUAUACUAUUUUCAAAAGAUCUGUUCUUUAGUUUUUCCACUUAGAGUUUACUAAAGGAAAUGAAUAUGUUUAUUUAUAUUUAACAAACAGCAAAAAAUAUGUUGAAUUUGUGUAUUAUGUUUGCUAUUAAGAUUUCAGGUGGUAGAAUAUUAACUACCUUGA